AUUUCCAUCUUGCUUUUUCCGUGGUCUCUUCCGGCGUCAGCGUCUACCGCUUAUUCCAGCGUUCUAGCUUAGCGUCCAUCCUAUUGAUUAUUAGAUUUGUUAUUUGGUGAUUUUAUUCAAUUUUUCCUUGUACUCUACAUUUGAAUACAGGCAAUGUCCUUUCGUAGGAACGAUUCAAGGAGUCCUAGAAACUCGAACAGCAAUGGCUCAUGGGGAGGAGGAGGAAUGAACAGAAGGCAGGGUAGCUACGGAUCAGGAGGAGGUGGUGGAGGAGGUCGCGGUCUCAUGGGAGGAGGAGGUGGGGUAGGGGGUCGUGGCUCUAUGGGUGGCGGAGGAGGUGGUGGAUUGAGCCAGAUGAACCCGUGGCAGGGUGGAAUGGCUCCGAGUCAACUGGGUGGGGGUGCUCUAGGCGACAACCAGCCAAGCCUCUUGUCACAGCUCUCAUCGGCCAACCGCGAAACCCAGCUCGCUGUGGCCCAGAAUCUGCUCAAGUUUCUGACGCCCCAAGAACCGCAAGGACCGCCUUCUCUACUGAGCCUGCCACUGAACCGCAAUGCUUUCGGGGGCGGCAGUUCAUUCGGCAGCGGAGGCGGUGGCGGUUAUGGAGGCGGUAGCGGAGGUGGAUUUGGCGGGGGCAGUGGAGGCGGUGGCUUUGGCGGAGGCCGUAUCGGGGGCAAUUACGAAAAUCGUUCGCCUGCUUUUGCCGACCGGAGGCGGGAGAAACCUGAUAAUCGCCGCAAUAAUAAGCCGUAUAGUAAGCCGGGUCCCAACAACAGGCAGGAAGGCAAAUCACGUUUUGGUUCAGGUGGCAAACCUGGCCGCUUCAAUUCUGAUAAGUCCGGUGCUUCUAACAAGUUUAAUCAAAAAAAGCCCGUUGAAAAGAAGGCCAAGGACAACGCUGUCAAGGACGUCAAAAAACCCGCAAAAGAAGACACAGAUAAAGAUUCCAAGAGGCAAGAAGAGGAAGCACCUAAAGAAAAUACUGAUAAGAAAACCGAGGCGAGUCCAAAGAAGGAUGACCAUGUUGAAAAGGCUGCUGAUGCUGGUAAAUAUGCAGGCAUUCCUCAAAAAAUGCUGCGUUGCCACGUUUGCCAGAAAACCAUGUGGGACUCAACGUCUUUUGACAAGCACAUGAACGGACGUAGUCAUCAGAUGAUGAUGGAGCAAUUGAGCAACGGUUAUCGACUGAAGGUCGAUAUGCUGCAUCAUGAGCAAAGGGCAAUCGAAUUGCAACGAGAAAUGGAGAUUGAGCGCUUCCAGAGACAGGGCAAAAAGGUCUACAACAGAAGCCGCAACUACUGCAAAAUGUGUGAUCUCAACUUCUAUGGUCCGAUCGCUACACACAGAAAGCGAGAGCAUCAUUUGAAAUUGAAAGCAUUCCUCCAUCCCAAAUGCACUUUCUGCAACAAGGAGUUCCCUGAUCGUAUGAGAAUGGACGAACAUAGAUUGACUCCCAAGCAUAUGCAGAUUGUGGCCGAACAUCGACGCAACAAGUCAUCUGGUAAAACUGACGAGGAAAUUGAUUGCAAUGAUAGUUUGGACGAGGAUGACGAAUACUUUGAAUCCAAGGAAAAGAAGUUGGACAUGGACUUGACAAAUAUUCCGAGUGAAAUUGGCAAUUAUGACUCAAAAACUGCUAUUGGUAAUGACAUGGUAAUCGAGGUGAGUGGUCAUAUGUGUCGCUGCUGCGACAAGUUCUUCCAAAGCAAAGAGGAAGCAGACGAUCACCUCCGCUCAUUCACUCACUACAAGAGAUACUCUGCUUUGGUCAAUACUAAGGCUCAAACUGAAAAGGAUAAAGAAAAAGAUGAGAAAACCACAAAGGAUGGCGAAGCGGCGGAAGGAGAAGAAGAAGAGGCUGAAGAUGGACAUGCUGAAGAAGAACAGAAUGAUAAACCUCAGGAGGAAGACAGCGAGGGAACCUGGAAGCGAGACAGUAAGAGAGGCCACGACGAAAACGACAUAGAGGACGACGAAGAAGAAGAGAAUGACGGAGGCGAAUCGGAGCCCAAAAAGAUUAAAAUCGAGAAUGAUGAGGAAGAAGAGAAAGAAUAUGAAGAAGACGUACAGGAGGUGAAAGAAGAGCAGAUUGAGGCACCUCCACGCGCCACGCCUUCUAAGAACAGGGCGAUCAGAGGAGGUCCCCGUGGCAGGGGGCGUAGGGGCGGAAAGUAAACAUCCAAACAUGAUUUGAUGGAAUCCAUAUUAGUGUAUACUAGAUUCCAUUAUUAAAAUACUGUAUGUACAAUGGGAAAAUUGUUAUGUUUUUCAAAUCACUGUAGUACACCAAUAAUUCAAGAUUAUUUUAAAGGUUAGAGCCCCGAUGUUUAGUUUUUAAAGUGUGUGGUACUAAAGUAAUAUCACUUCUCUACUGUCGACAUUCGUUGAAUGGGAAACAUUGACGUUGUCUGUAAUAAAUGCUGACAGUUUGUAGUGAAUGUUACUAAAUGAGCGUUGUUCACCUGUUCUACUGACAUGGAAUAUUGUAACGCUCUGUGUCAAACAACAGUUGAUUCAAUGUUAAUCACUCUAAAAUAGUGUCCCGAUAUUUUGAGAAUAGUUGCAUGUAAAAUUUUAUAGUUUGAUACCAAUAACAGUAAGUUUCAUGAUUACACCGUAGAUUGUUGUUGAUGAUUACAAGUGCAAGAAUAAGUUUAGAUAACGCCGUGUUUCAUAUAUUUUGUAUAAAUAACUCACUGAAUUGGAGAAUAUUAUUCUGGUAAAAUCUAUUAUUUUUAAGUUAAUGACGAGAAACUUCUAAAUGUAUCAAGUCUGACAAUAACCGCAUUGUAUAUUUAUUUCCAGUUCUAUCAGCUUUUUAUCUAUAUAAUAACCUCGUACCCCCGUUGCAAAUGCCUUAGUUAAAAACUGAAAAUUCUAUUUGACAUUAUACAGCUAAUCUUGUAAAAAUAAUACUGUAGACGAGUAGACCUAUUGGUCUUAGUAUUGAGAUUUAAUUCAGUGUUUUGAUGACUAAAAUUCUUGUUAAUUUUUUUCAAAGUUAUUGGUGUACGAGUAUGGAAUUGAUUUGAUUGCCUCACAUGAGGAACAUAGCAUAACUUCAUUUUUCUCUCAUCUUUCGUAUUAUACAUACCAAAUCACUUUUCCAUGUGUAUUAACGGUACUGGUGUUUAUUGUUAUGUUAUUAGUUUAUCAUAGUUUAUGGCUUGAAAUUGAUACUUUUUCAAGUUAAACAAGUUUCCAUGCUUGGGAAUCUUUGAAAUAUCGCUGUUAUAAGGGAUAAUGACGUAAUAACUUAUCAACUAGCGCAAGCUUAAUUGUUUUUAGUUGAUACAUUUAACUUUACAUAGGUUAUUUAUGGAUAGAUUAUUUAAUCUAUGUUCUCUGGAACUUUUGAAGUUGGUUAAUCUUUUUGAUCAAUCAAAACAAUGCUAGUUUUAUCCUGCAUAUUAGACAUUUUUGUAGAACGUGUUGAUUAUCUCAGUAGCACCAGUGUUGAAUAUUUUAUGUAAUACUGUUCCAUUCCCACAAUAAAUUUAUUUGAACUUGAAAAAUA